GCCUGUUGGAUGAAAAAUAUAAACAACAGACAUGGUGGAGGGAAACAAGACAUGUGCAACCAUAUGGUGCCUGUAGAACAGCUCUGCGUAGUUUUAUAUGACAGGAAGGAGGAGUGUUUUACACAGCUAGACCAGAGCACUAGCUACCAUGGCAGAGAGUUCUGGAGAGAGGCGUCCAAUCACAGGGAUCUUUCACUCAGCAGAGGAACAUCAUGACCUGUGCAACAAAGAGUUUUCCCUGUUGGGUAGAUUCCCAAAGCGAUACAUUGUGGGAAUUAUGGCCUUUUUUGGCUUCUGCAACAUCUAUGCAUUGAGAGCAAACCUCAGUAUUGCGAUUGUGGCUAUGGUUGCAAAAUACAACGUAACUAACGAGUCCCGCACACUGAUUGAACCCGGGUUUGACUGGAGUCCUAAACAACAAGGUCUGAUACUGGGGGCUUUUUUCUAUGGUUACAUCUUUACUCAGCUGCCAGGAGGUUUUCUUGCGAAUCGAUUUGGAGGGAAGUUUUUGUUUGGGGGUGGAGUGUUUAUAACUGCAGUGUUAACCAUCCUCACACCAUUUUGUGCUCAACAGAAAAUAGCUCUGCUGGUUGCUGUCCGUGUACUGGAGGGACUUUGUGAGGGGGUUACUUAUCCCUCUAUUCAUGCUAUUUGGGCCAAAUGGGCACCACCUUUAGAAAAAACGAGAUUGGCAGCCUUCGCAUUUUCAGGUUCCUACAUUGGCACAGUGUUCUCCAUGUUAGUAUCAGGCGGUAUGUUUUCUGCUGGAUACAAGUGGCAAUCUAUCUUCUAUUUAUUUGGUGGACUCGCUAUACUGUGGUUUGUAUGCUGGUGUUUUGUUAUCGCUGAGAGUCCAGCUAAACACUCCACUAUUACGGACACUGAACUCGAGUACAUACAGUCCAGUAUAGGCUACACAGAGGAACAAACAGAGAACUUGCUUCCUCCUUGGAUGGAUAUCCUGAGAUCUCCGGCAGUGUGGGCUAUUGUAGCCGCUCACUUUGCUGAGAACUGGGGAUUCUACACAUGGCUUACUGAACUACCCAGCUUCAUGAAGUAUGCGCUGAAUUUUGACUUGCAAAGUGCUGGGUAUUUAGCAGCUCUCCCUUACUUUGUGAUGGGUGUGGUGGUGAUGAGCUGUGGGUUACUGGCCGACUAUCUCCUGGCACGCUGCCAAAUAUCAGUUGUUGCUAUUAGGAAAAUUUUCACAUGUGGAGCUUUCCUGUGUCAGCUGGUGUUUAUGGUAGCCGCUGGAUAUGUCAUGACCCCAGUGUCGGCCAUUGUUUGCCUGACAAUUGCUGUAGGACUUGGAGGUUUUGCCUGGGGAGGAUUCAGUGUCAACCAUCUGGAUAUUGCUCCACAGUAUGCCAGUAUUUUAAUGGGAAUAUCCAACACAUUUGCAACUAUUCCUGGAAUAGUCAGUCCGGGACUAACUGGUGUUAUAGUCAGUGACCAGCAUGAUAAGAGCGAAUGGCAGAUUGUGUUCUACGUAGCAGCUGGAAUAUACCUGGCUGGGGGUGUGAUUUAUGGGCUGUUUGCCUCUGGACACAGACAGCAGUGGGCUGAGGUCCCAACGGGGUACAUGUCACAGGUGGACGAGAACAUCAGGGACGAUCUCUAAAGUAGAAAACAUUAAAAGAGGGAGAAUUUCGGUAUUAGGCGAUAUAUGUGUUAGAUGUCGACCUUUAGUUUAUAUCUAAGGUUAGGAUUUUGAUUAGGCAAUAAAUUAGGCUUUAAGUAAACUGUGCUUUUUUUUAGUGUGAACUAUAGAGGGAAACAUAGUGCUAUGCUUGACUGUGAAGUAAAGAGGGAACUCUGGGACUGAGGACAAUGUGUAGGGGUUGAGUACGAAGCCUCCAUGUUGGAUUUUAACUUAGUAAAUUACUGUAAAGGACUUUAUUUUCAAAAACAUUAUUUUUACAUAAUUUGGGAGGUUCUUUUCUCACUAAAAUUUGAAUAAUUGUGGAUAUAUAUUCAGUGUUACAAAAUGAAAUUAAUGUUCAUGAAAAUUAUGUUUUGUUAAAAAAUAUAACGGGGUAUUAUUACAGAAAUGAAAUCACUUCAAAUAUAAGUAAUUUAAUUAAGGUACCUUUUCAAAAAAUAAUAUAACUAGGCUAAAAUUAAAUACAUGUAUCUAGAAUUAUUUUGGUAUUGAUGUCAUAUUGUGUUCUUAAUUUCUCGAAUCCAUUUUGAGAACCAAUUGAAUGUAAACUGUAACUACCCACCCAGAGUUUCAAAAUAGAGUCGGAGGGGCAGAUAAAGAUAAUGUCUUUCUACCCACCCAGAGUUCCAAAAUAGAGUCGGAGGGGCAGAUAAAGAUAAUGUCUUUCUACCCACCCAGAGUUCCAAAAUAGAGUCGGAGGGGCAGAUAAAGAUAAUGUCUUUCUACCCACCCAGAGUUCCAAAAUAGAGUCGGAGGGGCAGAUAAAGAUAAUGUCUUUCUACCCACCCAGAGUUCCAAAAUAGAGUCGGAGGGGCAGAUAAAGAUAAUGUCUUUCUACCCACCCAGAGUUCCAAAAUAGAGUCGGAGGGGCAGAUAAAGAUAAUGUCUUUCUACCCACCCAGAGUUCCAAAAUAGAGUCAGAGGGGCAGAUAAAGAUAAUGUCUUUCUACCCACCCAGAGUUCCAAAAUAGAGUCAGAGGGGCAGAUAAAGAUAAUGUCUUUCUACCCACCCAGAGUUUCAAAAUAGUGUCAGAGGGGCAGAUAAAGAUAAUGUCUUUCUACCCACCCAGAGUUUCAAAAUAGAGUCGGAGGGGCAGAUAAAGAUAAAAGUCUUCUACCCACCCAGAGUUUCAAAAUAGAGUCAGAGGGGCAGAUAAAGAUAUUUUUGAAGAUAAUAUUUCAGUAUUAUUUUGGAUUAAUAAUAUUUCAGUAUUAUUUUCGAUUAUUAGUAGGUUUUAUUGAUGAAGUGGUCUUUAUUACAUUUUGUCUAUAUUUUUACAAAUUUUUGAAGUCUGGUGUUAAACUGAUAGUAUUCACAUCCCCAUACAGAUAUUAUUUCCUAAGUAAGUAAGCUACAACAUCAUAAAAAAAAUUGUAUUUAUAGAGAGAGUCAAUCACAAGUUUAUAUAUUAUUGGCCAUAUUGUUUGUAUUAUUGAGAAUAUUUAUUUAUACAACUUUAGCAAUUGAAGCUGUGUCUUUCAGUUUGUAAUUAUCAAUAAGAAUAUAUUUAAAACACCAUCCAUAUUUAUAUUAUUUCCAGGUACAGGCAUUUAUCUAUGGUUAUACUAUAUUCAUGUUUACACAAUGUGUGAUAAUGAAAGCUUUAUCUCAUACAGUGAUUAUAUGACUGGUUUUGUGGUACUUUUGUCACGAUCAGAUGGAUUUUAACUUCUUCCAAUUGUUCAACAGCAGUUCUUUGAUUAACAAGUUUCAAGUUUUUUAUAUAAAAUUUAUAUAGCUGAUACAAAAUGAUGAAAAGUAUGAGUAUACUUUGGGCUUAAAGUACGAACUUUACUACAAAGAGAUACAAUUGUGAAUCCACUGUUGCAUUAUAUGAAGGGCAGAUAACUCUGUAUUUUCCUUCUUGGAUUUUUUUUUUAGAAAAUAGAAGGAUUUUUUGCCAAUUAUCUUUUGAUAGAUGAUAUUAAACUACUCAAUAUACCUUUUAGUGUGUGUGAGGAGAGAGAGUGUCAUACUAGAAUCAGGUUGUCUAUAUUUUUUAACUUUUGGUAGAAAGAUAUGGUUCUGGGGCCAAAAGCAAUUUCUGUUUCACAUUGAGUCACCAUACACAGAGAAACUCAUUAUGGGUGAGGAAUCCCCUAUCAACUUUAUGCCCAAAAGGUCAAAGGUAAAGCAAACUGAACUCUUGAUAUAAGAAAAUGUCUUUCAUAAGUGACUGUACCAUUUUCACUUGGAUUCACAACACACAAUUGUCAGAGAAGCACACCACUACCUAAUGUAUCUCUUCCCUUUUUAUUUUUUUGUUUUGUUUUACAUGAAUGAUAGGCAAAGAUUUAUGUGUUCAUAUUCAAUAUUUGUCCUCUCUAGGAACAGAAAUAUAAUUCUGAAAUAUUGCAUAAAGGGCAGGUAACUUUGUAUUUGCUCAGCAAACAUGGGGUGAUCUUACCUUUUUUGUACUACAUGUGUAUUAUGCUCCUUGUGGAGCCUCAGUGAAAUAAAAAAGUUUCAAAGGAGCAUUUUAAUACCAUAUAUCUAUUUGUAGAAAGUGUUGUGUUCAGAUUCAUUUUGCAUUUCAUAAUUUACAUCUUUUUAGUUUUUACAUAUCAAUGAUUAUUUCCACAAAAACCUCUCGGUGAUAAAUCACUUGAUUUCAAAACUGCAUGUCUGAUCAUAGGGGGACUGCUAUAAUUCAUUACAUUCCAAAUGAAAAUAGUUAAAAUAACAUUACAGAUGUCAGUUUUUGAAAUCAUUCUUUACAGCCGCUCACAUAGUUAUACAUGCAUGUACUUGUAUUGCCUUAACUCCAUCACCAUCAGGAAAACUUCGCUUUCUUCAUAAGCAAAUACGAUUGACAUCUUUUUCUUUCUUUUUUUUGUCCGCAGAAAUUAUACCAACAAAUAGGAAAUAUUUGAAAUGGUAAAAUCCUAUAAAUUUCAAAACAGCUAUACAGUCAAACCUUGUUAUCUCAAACUCAAUGGGGCAGAGAAAAAAUUUCAAGAUGUCCGAUGGUUUGAGAUAUUGAAUUUAAAAUACAUAAAGAAAAUGUAGUUCGGACAGGACUUCGAACUCACUUCAACAUAUCCAUGGUAUUCGAGAUAUCGAUGAUCAAGAUAUCGAAGUUCAACUGUGUUUACAUAUGUUGAUUAUCUAUGAUAAAUUUUCAAUAGACAUCAAUCCCUUAAGAUAGAAGGGCAGAUGUUUUCCCUCAUGUUUGUAAUCUUAGGCCAGCCUUUUAAGAAAGGCCAUAUGUAUCACAACAAAUCAAUAGUAGAUGAGACUAUUAGCAAUUUUUUUUUGAGUCCAAUGUGAUUAGUUCACAUCUCAUUGAUAGUAGUGUUGCAGUAUAAUAUUGAUGUUAAUUUAUGUGUGCUAUGGUGUAGGGAUAAUUGAUAUUGAAGAUGAUAAUAAGGUUAUCAUCCAACUACACAUAUAAAAUGUUCAUCUGGAUCAAGGAAAAUAAGGUUAUAGAUGUACCAGUUUUAGCACCUUUUAAAACCCAUUAAAAUGGACAAUUAAGGCAAUUUCACAUAUUUUUUUUAAAAAGGGGGGGGGGGGCAGAUGUCUUGGGUUGAGAAACAGCAUUCCUGGAUGUUAACCCACAAUCAUUAUAGAAUGUGCCAUGGUUAUGAUGAAAAAGGGAAAAGUAUAUGUAAUGCAAAUUAUUUGUGACCUGAAUACAUGUAUUAGACUGUUACUAUUUACCACAAGAGGGCAAAAAAUGCAAUUUAUAGCAAAUAUGACUAUACCAAUUAUCCAGGCCACUGAUCAGGUGACAAAAUAACAUACAUUGCACAUCGACAAUUGGUUCAAAUAGACUGGGGUUAUUUUCACCUAUUUAUGUUGAUUAGAAUUGCUAAUAGAAUUUUAAAAAGUUAGAUAUGGUGAUUGAUAGAAAAUAAUAAAUGAGAUGCUGUGUAAUAUUCUCUGCUUAAGGUGAGGGAGUUUAGGUAUUUCGGGGACAUGUAUAUUCUGUGUAUCUUCCAUUAGACAAUCUUAGCUUUGUCCAAGAUGUGUUUUAUUUCUGGUGCAAAUGCAAUGUGUGCACUAAUAGAGUGAUCAUGCCAAAGGAGAUCGACAAUCGUUAAUGACCAGGAUCUAGAAAUCAACAAUAGAAAGUGAAAGUAGAAUAUGAUCAGCAAAACCAGUGAAAAGUAAUUAAAAUUUUCAACUUUAGUUUAUAAGUAUCGUAGUCUGUUCUUAGAGGUUGAAAUAAAAUUGAUGAAAUCCAGAGUUUUAUGUUAACUUUAGUCAUGUACAUUUGCUUAUAGAGAAUUCAUGCAUUUUCCAAUCAGAGAUCUGACGGUGUGGUGAAUGAAGAGAGAGAAAGAGAGAGAGAGUUGUAUUGUUAUCUGUACAUGUAUCAAUCUUGUGAAAUAGAUGCCUUUGAAAAGUAAAAAAUUGAUAAAACAUCUUCUCCAGGGAACAUUUAAAGAAGGAUGUGUUCAAUAAUUUUUGUGUAAUUAUAUUUGUGAUGCAUAUUUUUGCCUUUGCAUUGAAUAUCUUUCAGGAAUUUCACAAAAUUCUGUCCUAUCAGGUGUUUUUUCCCCAGCUGUUGUUAUUGUAUGAUGUUACUAAAUGUUCUAUAUUUAUUUGUUGAUGUUGUACACAUUUUUAUUUUUGAUAGUACGGAGAGCUGAUUGUGGAGAUGUGACAGUGGUAGAUACUAUACCCAGUAAAUGUGUCCUCAAUAUUUAUGUUGUUUUUAGAUAUGUAGUGAUGAAUCGUUGUUACUGAUCUCAAUGUAAUGCCAUGAAAUCAAUGUUGUUACUGAUUCUACAAUUAAAUUUUGUUGAAGAAAUGUUA